AUGGGCAAUUUGAGAAAUGAGAUUUUGGAAGAGGCGCAUGUGGUAGCCUAUGCGAUACACCUUGGAGCCACCAAGAUGUAUCAUGAUUUGAAGGCUGUGUAUUGGUCGUUAGGAUUAAAGAGAUAUGUGGCCAAGAAGUAUGUUUCGGAUCCUUCACAUGUGAUAAGAUAUGAUGAAGUCCAGCUACAAGAUGGACUUAGUUAUGAAGAGCAGCCCAUAGCUAUUCUGGAUCGACAAGUGAAACGACUUCGCUCCAAGAAUAUUUCUAUGGUGAAAGUAUUGUGGCAAAGCCAUGCAGUUAAGGAAGCCGCAUGGGAACUUGAACAGGAAAUGCGAGUGAAAUAA